AUGAUUGACAUUGAUUUAGUGUGCUUCCUGAAGGAGAAUCAAUUAGGUUUGGUGGCUUUACCAGUCCUGGGAAAUCUAGAAGAGAUUUGCCUGCUUUACGCGAUUGACCGGAAGAUAAGAGGUGAGGAUGGUGAAGGUUAUACGUUUGAGAGGUUUGUAGAAGUAUUGAAAAGAAUUUCGGAAGCUGCUCCUGGUUCGCUCAAGUUCAAGAAUGACUGUUUGAUGGCUGAAGCGCUGGAAUUCAUUGAUGAGACUAUUCUGGGAAGACUGCUACUGGUGGUCACCACACCCUACAUUAAAUAUAAGCCUGUAGUCGUCAAGGAAGAAAAACCCAAAUUGCUACUAGACCGUUUGACAGGUGCUCUAGAAGAUAAGCCCGACUGUAGGCUUACACGCCACAAUUUGCUGGAUCAACUACGUACUUCCCUUGAUGUUGUGCCUGCAUCAGUAGAGCUGGGCAAGGAGCGUGUCCAAAACACUGGUUCAAUCGCGGAGUACAUUCCUGUAUGUGCCAACCGCCAACACGCCAUGCUACUGGCAAGUUAUGUCCAUAUUGUCAACAACAAGAUAGUUUCCUUGCAAUCAGCCAAGUUGCCUAAAGCAGAAAGUUACAGCCCUCGAUUCAUUGAGUGCCUGCAAAGUAAGAUCCAUUAUGUGCCCAAUUUGAAACCACAGACUGAUCUUAGCCUGGGAGAUUGUUCCUACCUCGAUACAUGCCACAAGUUGAAUACCUGUCGGUAUGUCCAUUAUUUACAAUAUCUUCCAGAGAGUUUAAAGACCAAAAUCGCUAACGAAACAAAACAAACGAACAACAAACUGUCAUCUCAAAGGGCAGUACCAUUUUACGUUCAUGGGAAUUGUUGUUCAGACGUAGUAAAGUCACAAUUGCCCGAGCAAUGGAUUCAAUGCGAUGUAAGGAAAUUUGAUUUCAGUAUUCUUGGCAAAUUCUCAGCGGUUAUAGCCGAUCCAGCCUGGAAUAUCCACAUGAAUUUGCCCUACGGGACCUGUAAUGACGUCGAGUUAUUGGAUUUACCUCUGAACCAGUUGCAGGACGAAGGAAUGCUGUUCCUGUGGGUGACAGGUCGUGCAAUUGAGCUGGGGAAAGAGUCUCUAGAAAAAUGGGGAUACGAAGUUGUGCAUGAAAUCUCAUGGAUCAAGACUAAUCAACUGGGACGUACCAUAGUUACAGGAAGAACUGGUCACUGGUUGAAUCACUCGAAGGAGCACCUGCUGGUCGGACUCAAAGGAAAUCCAUCAUGGCUCAACAGACGUCUCGAUACGGAUUUAAUCGUCUCAUCAACUAGAGAGACAAGCAGAAAGCCAGAUGAAUUGUAUGGGCUCAUAGAGAGGCUCGUGGGGCCACACGCCAGAAAACUCGAAAUAUUUGGAAGAGAUCACAACCUGAGACCGGGUUGGCUUACGGUGGGGAACCAAUUAACAGGUACUUGUAUUCAUGAGGCAGACGUGAAGAUGAGGUAUCAAAAGUUCAUCUCUAAUCGAAAAGCCGACCUUGCUAAGAAAAGGGUGGAUGGAACUCCCUGCCGCAAAUCCACCAAUGCUUUCAAACUUCGCCAAUAG